GAUACUUAAUUAACUCAAAUAAUUAUAUUCAAAAUUAAUAGAUAAAUAGAUACAUAAAUACCUACAUACAAGCAUAUUUAUAUACUUAAACAAAAGAUUUUUACAUAGUCAUUUUUAUUAUUUGGUGUCAGAUGUAGAAUAAAGAAAAGUUUAUGAAUAGUCUGACCUAGUGCUAAAGAAAGGAACUUGAGGAGUUUUAAAUGAGGAUCUAGAAAGCACAAGAAGAUUCAACAAAACAAACAACAGGAAUGUAAAUUGUAAACAAUUUCAAAGCAGAAAAUGAGCAAAGUAGUAAAAUUAAAUCAUACUAAGGAUAAGAAUAUCUUAAAAAUAAAAAUGCUUCUGUAGACAUAAACACUUGCAUUCAAUCUCCUUUAAAUACAGAUAAAGAAAAGUUUGGUUUAGAUUCUUUGAAAUCGCCUUGGUCAAUCUUAAAAUUAGAAAAUACAGGGUCAAAUUUCAAUAAUACCUCUCAAAUGAAUACUUUGAGUUUGAUAGGAGAAAACAGAAUGACACCUAAAGAUUUUGAUGAAUUAUUGUAUAUAAAAAAAGUGAAUCACUAUAAUUAGUUAUCCAAUGUAAAUGCUGAAUAGAUGCUCAAAAAAAUGUAAUCAAAUACUGAUUCUAGUCAUGUAUUGUUAAAAAAUAGUAGCAAGAAAGAAUUUUUACCUGUAGAACUUGAUUAAGAUAUAUAAAAUAAAUCUUAAUAAUAAAUAAUUCAGUAAGAGCAAGAUAAAUCUUAGUUGAAUAACUACUUCAAUAAUGGAUAAUCAAAUAUUAGUCAUCCUAAUUCACAAGUCAAAAGCAGACUUUAGGUAAAGAGCAUUAAAAUGUAUGAAACAGAAAAUAGUUUUGUUUAGCCCAAAAGAUUAAAUCUAGAUUCUAGUUUUUAAAGAAAGAGUAAUUUUUCUAUUGAUAAAGAAAACUAAAAUAAUAAUUAGAAUGACUAAACAUCAGAAAAAUUUAUUGAAAGCUAAAAUAUGAGAUAAGAGGUUUCUAAUAAUUAAUAAUAUUUGAAUAAUCUCUUAGCUGGUGAUAAAUUAGAAUUUAAAUAAUAAAAUAACAGCUCAAAAAAUAUUGAACUGAUCCCACCUGAAAUUGCAUAAAAAAGAGAAAAUCCUUUUAGAAAUUAAAAUUAAUAAAAAGAUGUUUAAACUCAAAAUAGCACAAAAUAUGGUAAACUCUAAACAAUUGAAAAUCAAGAUCUAAAAAAAAGAUUUGAAAAUAAAUUAAUUGGUGAACAUAAAAGAUCAGAGGAUGAUUAAAUGAUCACAUCUACUUCAUCAUCAGGAGUUAAAAGAGUCUAAUUUUCUAUGGAUGUUACAACAGCACAUAAUUAAAAUAUGAAGGAAAAAUAAUCUCAAGAGCUUAAAAAUAUUCUUUUUUAAAACUAAAAAAUCUAAUCUGACCCUUAGUUUUAAAUUUAGUAGCAAUACAAAAAUAAUACAACAAAUAAUUUUACUAAUCAAAUAAUUUAAAAGAAAAAUUCUUUUGUAGAUAUUCCUUAACCAAUUUCCAAUCCUCUGUUAAAUAAUAACAACAAUAACAAUACAAGUUUUAACUAAAGUAAUCAAAAUAUUAAGAGUAAUAGUAGCUACUUAAGUGCAUCUAACAAUAUUAAUUCUAACAAUGCUAUGUUGGCUGCUAUAAACAUGGAUAGAAGUCAUAGCUCAUCAUUCAAUAAUUUUAUUUUAAACAAUGCAAAUGAAAGUAAUAAGCAACUAAUUUAAGCUCUAUCUAACCUCAAAAAUGAAUACAGAAGAAGUUUUUAUAGCAGACAGAUUGAUAGUAUUUUAGAAGAAAAAGUAAGAUAGCAUCAUUCUAGAGAAAAUUCUAGAGAUAAAUUACAAAUAGAAGGGUUAAAUAAUUCUAAAAAUGAGUUACACAAGAGACCAUUAACUGCAAAAUUGAUAUAAUCAACUUUACAUAGAAAAAAUUCUUUAAUAGAUAAGUAGUAAAACAAUAAAUUUUAAAAUACCCACUCAAAUCAAGAUAGCAAGUUAAAUCAUCCUGGUGAUUCUUUUGGCCAUCAAAGCACCAUAUCAGUAAUAUAAAACAAAAAUAACAUUAAUUCUAAUUAAUACAGAGAAAAAAAUUCAAAGCAUUUGAAUAAUCUAUCACUUAGCUCUGCCAAAUAGCUUGAAAUAAAUGAAAAAGCUGUCAAUAAUGAAAGCUUGUCAAAAGUAAAUGCAUUAAAUAAUAUAACUUUCUCAAAAAUUUAAACCUCUAAGAGUAACAUUGAUAUCAGUAGUCCUAAAGAAAUAGAUAGUGCUUUAAACAAAAAAAUUAACCUAGAUAACUCAAAAGAUAUUCAAUUACUAUUUAAUCUUAUUAGAGAUCAUGUUUAGAAAUGUCCAAAUUUUUGUAAUGAAAUUUCUAAAUUCCUUGAAUGAGAGAAACCUAGAUAACACAAAAGAUAUUCAAUUACUAUUUAAUCUUAUUAGAGAUCAUAUUUAGAAAUGUCCAAAUUUUUGUAAUGAAAUUUCUAAAUUCCUUGAAUGAGAGAA